GGGGUUACCGCGGAAAGUUGCUAUAUUGCAGGACAUCAUCGUUGAGACCGAAGUCGGCGCAUCAACAUCACAUAGCCUGCCUACCAGGACUCAAUAUUUAAGUUUUCAGUCGAACGACGAGAGCAUAUCAAACGGUGUACAAGGAGCAUAUGAAUUCGGGCGAAUAAUAUUCCAAACGAAAAUACGAAAAAUGAUGGCAUGCACGGAGAUGAUCACUAUGUGUCUCCAGUCAGCUAAACAGCAGCACCUGUACUCAAAGCAACAGCAGCAGCUACUGCAGAGGACCCCCGACCAAGGUCUUUCCAUUUUGCAAGACAUCUUUCGCCGCGCUGACAAAAAUGAUGAUGGGAAACUCUCCUUUGCGGAGUUCAAGACUUACUUCGCAGACGGGAUCCUCAGCACAGAGGAGCUGCAGGAGCUUUUCCACAGCAUCGACAGACAUCAGAGCAACAACCUCGAAACAGACAAACUCUCCGAUUACUUCUCUGAGCACUUGGGGGAGUACCUGAAUGUCCUCUCCGCUUUAGAGAAGCUCAACCACGCCAUCCUGAAGGCCAUGGACAAAACUAAGGAGGAAUACCAGAGCUCCUCCGUGCUGGGCCAGUUUGUGACCCGCUUCAUUUUACGGGAGACCUCCAGCCAGCUGCACUCCCUGCAGGCAUCACUAGAGUGCGCUGUGGAGGCCGUGGAGGAGCAGAGCUGCCCGGGCAGGAAGGACGUGAAGAAGCUGGACGACCUGUCCCUGCUGAGGGGCAGCAGGAGGUGUGCCCGCCGGGCCCAGAAGAACCUGUGUCUGUCUCCCACCGACCCCUACUCGGGCAUGCUCACUACAGGAGUCGCUGUGGAACCUGAUGAGCACUGGAACUCCCAGAUCAACAGACUCCAGCAACUCAUCGACAAGCUGGAGUGUCAGAGUCCAAAACUGGAGCCGUUGAAAAUGGAGGACACAAUAGCCAGCACGUACGAAUCUAACCUCCUGCUGGUCCAGAGACAGCUGUCGGUGGAGGAGAAGGACAUCAGUGAGUUCCAGCAGGCACUGAAGAGCUACGCCGACGCCACUGCCAACCAGAGCGACAAUUUACAUGUGUCCAUACAGAAGCUGCCGGAGAGAUCCUGCUUCAUAAUGUACGAGUUCUGGCGAGACCGUCUGUCCUGGAUAAGCCACCUGCAGUCUAACGCCAGCAAGGCAUUCCAGCGCUGCAUCAUCGAUGCGCUAGAGGACCCGGAGGUGGUGAGCACCAUGCUGAUUCCAGCUUCCUGGUGGAUAAUGAAUAACAACUGACAGCGCUAAGCGGCUGGUGGCACCGAAAGCCAAGAAGAGUGCAAAAGGAUUUCAGUCUACACCACGCUUGUUCCAGCCAUUAAGUCAUCAUUAAGUAUGCGUGUGACAGCAACCUGGACUACGCUGAAGACAGAGCAUUCGCUUCCUUUGUGUGUUUGUUUGUCUUUAGACAUGAACGUGUAUGCAUUCAGAAGCCCAAAACCGUUUGAAUUUACAUCAGGAAGUUAGUUAUUUGACUAAUCUUUAUUCCAGGCAAAAGCAAAUUCCACUUGUGAAUUUGACACAUUAUUAUUGUUUGGAUCUGUUUUUGAGUGCAGAAGACAUUUUCUACCAUAGGUCAGCACCGUUCUUACAGGACAAGAAAACAUCUUACAAAUGUGACGCAAUGAUACUGUACAUUGUGAUUUUAGCAAUCGUAAAUAGCAUGAUUGCUGUUUGUGUCAUUUUGGCUGCUCUUUGUUGUUAAAAGGAAGAGGCCUGAGGACAAAUUCAGCCCACAAUCAUGUCUGGAUGUAGAGACUAAUGGCCAGGCUUUGAAUCUCAUGCAACCUGGAGCAGGCACUACAUUUUAACUGCACUAGUUAAAAUGCAGCUCUGUAAAUGGGGUUAUGGAAUAUGCAAGAUGUAAAAUAGUAUGCAUUUAGUCACUCUGUGCAAGGCGUAUUUACAGCUAAGGAACAGCAUAGCAACAAAGAUAUCUUUGUUUGGAAGCUAGUAACUUUUGAUAAGAGCCAUACCAAGUAUUAUGCACAUUUCAACUUUGCCUAACCUAUUUUCUGUUCUCUAUUGUUGAUGUUGCUUAUCAGGAUAAAAUUAUGAUCUUUCAUGUUAAGAACACCUCAUGAAAUAUACUUAUUUCUGUGCUUAGACAUUUGAUAUUUAUUUAACUUAAGUGAGUUCUGUAUUUGCCCUAAAUAGAUUUUAGGCACUGCUUUAAAAUCUCCCCGACAGAGGGAUUUCUUUUGUUUGUGUAUUGACAAAAUUCUGAGCAUGACUGUAUGCACACAUUAAGUCACACUGCCACCAGCUUAAUAACAGACUUUACUCAAAUAAAAUAUAUUUGAAUUUCAUAUUUUCUGUUGGCAGAUUCUGGAUGAAGAUAUUCGAUGGCCUUAGAUCUCACCUAGCCCAGUAUUGUCAGACAACACAACCAUAAAAAGUCAAUAUAAUUAAGCUUGCAACCUUUGGGCUAACGCUGAUUUGACAGUAGCUAUGGCUCUGACACAUUUCUCUUUUCUCCCUGUUAAAAACAGGUACUCCUCACACUGCAUGUUUGUGUGUCUGUGAAAGCACUGUGGUAUUGUAACACUUUUGCUGUAUUUAAUGACUCACUGGCAGCAUUCUCAACUAGAAUCACCUUUUCCAGCACCGAAUCCAGAACGUUCUGUCACACAAUGUAAAACGAUUGACUUUCCUUGAUGGGAGCAGCAAGUUGACCCAUCGAAAAUAUUACCUUUGCUUGCAUAUUUCCUUAGGUCAUUACCUGUUGAAACAGUCAUCAAACUGAAUGCACAUUUGUUGCUUUUUUCAUUUUGUCCCUUGUAACUUUAGGUUUUAAUGAACAUGAACAUCAAAAAUUGUCAAGACGUGGCAUUAAUAAAGGUGAUUGUUUUGAAAUGCA